UAUUCACUUUCUGCGCAAAGUUAAUUUUGUACUUGUGAAAUCAACUUGAGUAUUUGGUGUUAGAAGUGAUGGCGUUGAUUUAUAAACUUUCGCAAAUCAGUGGCCAUAUUGCAAAAAUGCUGCUCCUGAUCCAGGCCCUAUUACAAGCCCAAGACCAGUCCAGUAUAUUCUCGCGUGGCUUGGCUAAAUUCUCCAUCAACGUGUACACCAAGCUUGUAGCAGACAACCCCAAUGACAACAUCAUUUUCUCACCAUUCUCAAUCCAAACUUGUGCAGCCAUGGCGCGCUUGGGAGCCAGCGGCAGAACAGCAGCCCAAUUGGAUCGCGGUCUAAAUCUGAUUUCCAAUAAUGCGAUAGAGAUUGCCGAGAGUUUCCACAAUGUACUAGCAGCAUUCGAAAAAAGUAGCGUUCUUCGCAUUGCCAACAAAAUCUACAUCAAGAGUGGCUAUCAGCUGAGGGAUGAGUUCAGUUCACUAAUCUUCAAAAAGUUUCUAUCCGGUGUCGAGCCUAUAGACUUUACCCAAAAUGAAAAGGCUGCACGUGACAUUAAUUCCUGGGUGGAACAACGAACCGAAAACCGUAUAAAAGAUCUGAUUUCACCAAGUGCUUUGGAUGAAGAUACGCAAUUGGUGUUGAUCAAUGCAGUACACUUUAAGGGAACCUGGGCCCAUCAAUUCCGAAAGAUUAACACCAGAAAUGAAAAUUUCUAUUUGAGCAAUGACAAUAGCAUCAAAGUACCCAUGAUGAAAUUGACGGAGAGUUUCAGAUAUGCGGAACUAGAUUUUCUUGAUGCCACUGCAGUGGAAUUGCCCUACAAAGACUCGGACUGGUCCCUGCUGAUUUUGUUGCCUAAUAGGAAGACUGGUUUGCCACAUCUGGAGAGGAAACUUCGCGGAACUCAACUUUCUCAAAUUAGGGAAAAACUCUACUUGACCGAAGUAACUGUGAAACUGCCAAAGUUCAAAUCAGAAUUCAAGGUGGAGUUGAAAAACACUUUUGAGCAGCUGGGAAUGUCCGAAAUGUUCUCGGAUAAGGCUGAUUUUAGUAGAAUGAUCACAAGUCCGGAGCAGUUAAAAGUGUCGAAAAUCUUUCACAAGGCUGUUAUCGACGUGAAUGAAAGGGGCACUGAGGCAGCUGCAGCCACAGCAAUGAUCGCCGAACUUGCGAGGUCUCGCAUAUUCCUACAGGAGCCGAAAAAUUUCUACGCGGACCAUCCAUUUAACUACUAUAUCAUCAAUAAUCAGAGUACUGUGCUUUUUGCUGGAAAGUUACUUAAUCCUUAAAUGCAAAGGGAAUUUAUAAUGUUUAAUCUGAUUAAUAUCAAUAAACGCAAUCUUAAGUAAAACCUUCAA